AUGGCAAGUAACAUAUCUCUUAUCAUUUUAGGUGCCCCCACGCCUGGUGGUCCAUUGCUGGCUUCUCUUGGCAUCCCCAGCCGACCUAUUCAAACUCACUUGGACAUCAAGCACCUUUUGACCUUCAGGAUAAAUGGCAUGUCUCCUCUAAGCCUCUUCCCCAACUUCAAUGCGAUGGACCCAGUGCAGAAAGCUGUCAUUAAUCAUACAUUUGGCGGGCCAUCUCCUCCGAAAAGGAAACCAUUUAUAUCCUGCAAUGUCUGUCACCUCAGGUUCAACUCCCUGAACCAAGCAGAAGCACAUUACAAGGGCCACAAACACGCACGUAAGCUCCGAGCCUUGGAGAGCGCAAGGCACAAACAGAAGGCACGGGGUCGGAGCCGGGAUAGAUCAGCACAGCCACCACUGGACAUUAAGAAGCAGACAGUGAACCACCCAGCAGAUUCACAGAUUAAAAUUUCAGUGCUCAGUGACCUUGAUGAGGGACACAGCCCCCUCCCAACCCCUGAGCCUGCAUGCGCUGACCACGAGGAGGAGUGUGCAUCGCCAGAGGUUGAGGAAAGCGCCCCUGAGCCCUUGGAUACAGGAGAACUAGCGCCUGUUACGGCCUACAGUCCUGGGAAGGGAUCAGAAGACAGCUGUGUUUCAACUCAGGACAGUGAGAAGGAACGGAAGAACAGAGAGCAUCUAUAUUGCACAACCUGCAAAGUCACUGUGAAUUCCACAUCACAGCUUGAAGCUCAUAAUGCAGGUGCCAAACACAAAUCUAUCCUAGAGGGGCAAAGCACCCAUCCAAGGAGGGGCAGAGGUAAAGCACUGAGCAGAUCAACACGGAAACCAAAACGAAUUGGCAACAAGGCCAGUGUAGGCAUCCGGAACAAAGCCUACCACUGCCCCCUGUGUGAGAUACAUGUAAACUCAGAGACACAGCUAAAGCAGCACAUGAGUAGCAGAAGGCACAAAGACAGACUGGCGGGGACUCCAAAACCCAAAUACAGCCCAUUUAGCAAGCUACAGAAGAAUGCGGCAUUAGCAACCAGGUUGGCUCUGCACAAGCACUUGACAAAGACUCUGGCUGCUCACUUUCUCCCUAGUCCCUUCAGCCAAGCAGCUGUUUGUAGCCUUCCUAGUCCGCUUUCUUUGCGCCCUGCCACUGCAGCUGCUCUCUUCCAAACACCAAUCUUUGGACCAGCUCUAUUUCGGAGCCCACCUACCGCUCUGCGACCAGCAUCAGCACCCAUAAUGUUUGCUCCGUACUAACCUAGAGUCCUGUCAAGGAUUAUACAGAACAUUGGAGACAAGAGCCCGCAUCAGUAGCAAAGCCUCCUCUUGUUAUUAAAAUUAGUUAUCAUUGAUGUUUUGCUCACAAC